AUGCCCCUCCAAAGUAUCAUUGAGGUAGAAGUUUUUGACUGCUGGGGUAUUGACUUCGUAGGUCCACUUCCCUCAUCUUAUGGGAAUGAAUACAUCCUUGUAGCUGUUGAUUAUGUGUCCAAAUGGGUUGAAGCAGUGGAUGUCCCAAAGAAUGUUGCCAAGAUUGUUGUGUUGGGGCACUACAGUGUCACACACAAGGUGGCCUCACCAUACCAUCUCCAAAUGAAUGGUCAAGCUGAGGUUUUCAACAGGGAAUUGAAGAAGAUUCUAGAGAAAAUUGUGGCCUCUACUAGAAGAGAUUGGGCUAUUAAGUUGGAUGAUUCAUUGUGGGCUUAUCGGAUUGCCUUUAAAACCCCCAUAGGUCUCUCUCCAUUUCAAAUGGUUUAUGCCAAAGCCUGCCACUUGCCAGUAGAAAUGGAGCAUAAGACAUAUUGGGCUUUGAAGUUCCUGAAUUUCGAUGAAGUGAAGGCAUAUCACGAUAAAAAGUUGCUGAAGAAGGACCUCCAGCCAGGCCAACAAGUUCUACUCUUCAACUCAAGACUCAAGCUGUUUCUGGGCAAAUUGAAGUCUAAAUGGUCUGGACCAUUUACCAUUAAAGAAGUGAAGCCAUACAGAGUAAUGGAGUUAAUGGAUCCUCAAUCAACUAUUCAUGAGAGAAGCUGGAUUGUGAAUGGGCAAAGAUUGAAGUUAUACCAUGGUGGGAGCAUUGAGAGAUUAACCGCCAACUUGCAUUUACAAGACCCAUAG